AGAAACUUAAUCUGAUUUUUGCCCCAGUUUGUCUACAUUGUAGCGUCUGGUUCAGGUACUAUUUUACAUUAGAGCAGGACCUCCUGAAAGAGUACAGUAAAGUUUGCCACGCCAUGGUACUGUUCAGGUAAGGUGAAUCCAGUCCGGUGUUUCCUCAGCAGGAUGUGCUGCCAUAUGUGACAUCAUACCCCCAUAUCAGACACCUGUGUGUCUAUCCCCACCCUCCACAGGAGUAACAAGGCCAUUGUGUUCCAUACUGCCAGGCCAUCAUUUGGACCACCACAAAUAGAUUUGUCGCAACGUCGUCACCCUCGUCCAAACACACCAUAAUGUAACUGUAACUCUGCUUCUUAACACACGUCAUACACGCCACAAAAAUGAAGCGACUCUAACAUGAAAGCAAGUAUAGGGCCCGAUAAAAUCUGUUACUUUUUUUUUUUUAUUGGACAAUUCAGCGAUUGCGUGGAUAGGGGAAUCACAGGCCCUACAAGGAUCACCCUUCUCAGCGAGCAGCGAGUGCACACUCAACAGGAUCAUACAGGACCAGAAUAUGACAUGUUUUUUUUUUCUUCUAUCAACUUAGACGUCAGCCUCUUUGUAAAGUAGAAUGGAUGUCAGCCCCCCCCCAGUGAGGCAGUCUUGUCAUGUGACAGUACUGUUUACUGUUUUAUCUAAAGGGCAAGGUAAUCCUGACGACAUGGAAACACUCCCGAAAUGAUAGUAAAACUUGCUACAGUUGUAAUGAUUUGCUUUUGAAAUGGUGGCCUUUCCACUGACCUUUUCAUUUACAAGCAUGUGAUUGUUUUACUGCUGCACUUCAAGCGGGUCAGGCAAGACGUUUGCCUGUAAUGCGUAGCAUGUAACACAAGCCUCCCAGUGACUUUACACCUGUUACGGCAUCCGUCUAUCAAAUAACCUCAGGUGAGCAGCUGCAUGGGCGACACACACACCAGUGUGUCCCACAGGACUGCUAUCUAUUUGUGGCCGUUGUGGGGUUAUUUUGGGGGGCAAGGGUAAACAGGUAGCACCAUCUCUAUUUGUGGUAGUCCAAAUUUAUUUGUGGUAGAAAACACUGUGCAUAUACACACACAGACACACACACGGACAGGGUCAGGCUUUGCAUCUAGUAAACAUGGACUAAUGUGAAACAUGAGCUGGAAAUAAAAAUAUAAUUACAGUCAUAGAGAGCUGGUAAAUACACCACCCUCACAUCAACCGCUAUGAUCUAUUAGUAGAUUCGGGAACUUUUAAAUUGUGGGUCAUCACCACAUCUUUGUGUGUGCAUGAGUGGGUGAAAAUGGUUGUGAAAAAAACAAAAUACGUGUUUUGGGCGUGUGUUGGUGUCAUUGUUUGGAAGAACGUGUCACGGUACGCCGUGCUUGGCCGUGUGUAUGUGUGACUGUGGAGAGGAUUCAUGUUUCCAGGGUUUGUUGUAAACUUCUCUCUGCAAACAACUGCAGUCAUGUGACAUGCAGGCUGGUCUUGACUCACCAUGUUGUAACGCCGCAACACCCCACCCCCACCCCACUCCCCCCAAAAGCAAAGCUCUAAUUCUAUCCAUCCGCCACUGAAAAUAGCACUUUGCUUUCCUUACAUCUUCGGUCUUUACAUCUGAUUUUCUUUGCCGAGCUGAGCAGCACCCCCUCUUCCUCCUCCUUCCCAUCUUCAUGAGGCCUCUGUGCUGCGCCUUCCAAAGCUGGAGGCCACCCCCCCGCACCCCAUCCCCUGCUGUCAUUGGCUCCUAGUGGUCACAUGGGCGUGGAGGGGGCGGUCCCAGCCCAGCUCUCUGGGUGUUCACAUGGAAUAACUCCACAGCUGCAGUGGGAAGAGAGCAGGGCCGGACAGAUACCGUGAGGGAGAGGCGGCCAGCCAAAAAUGGACAUGGCUAACCUAUUCAAACAUUUCUUUCGAAUCGGGAAGGUGAAGAGCAGGAAGGGAGGAAUGAGGGACACCGCCUCCAACGCCGAUGCCGACAUGUACGCGGACAACGGCGAGCGCCUGUACGACCUCAACCUGCCCGCCCUGGUCAAGUUCAGCUACACGGCAGAGCGUGAGGACGAGCUGUCGCUGGUGAAGGGCACGCGGGUGGUGGUGAUGGAGAAGUGCAGUGACGGCUGGUGGCGCGGCAGCUACAACGGAUGCUCCGGCUGGUUCCCGUCCAACUACGUGACAGAGGACGUGGACGGGACCGCAGGCGGCGGGGGGCCGGGCGGUCCUGGGGACCCAUCCAGAUCGCUCACGGAGAAGCUGGCGGCAGUGGUGAACAGCACGGCCAACGGGAGCAGGGUGCUGCACACAGUGCAGGCGCUCUACCCCUUCAGCUCGGACAACGACGAGGAGCUGAACUUUGACAAGGGCGAGGUGAUGGAGGUGGUGGAGAAGCCGGAGAACGACCCCGAGUGGUGGAAGUGUCGCAAAGCGGACGGCCAGCUCGGCCUGGUGCCCAAGAACUACGUGACGGUGCUGGACUCCGCUGCCCACAAAAGCACGGCGGGACCGCCCACACCCGACUGCGACUACAUCUCGCCUUCGGGCAGCGGACGCUUCGCAGGGAAGGAGUGGUACUACGGCAAGGUGACGCGCCACCAGGCCGAGGUGGCGCUCAACCAGCGAGGCGCCGAGGGAGACUUCCUCAUUCGAGACAGCGAGUCGUCGCCAAACGACUUCUCCAUCUCUCUGAAGGCGCAGAGCAAGAACAAGCAUUUCAAGGUGCAGCUGAAGGACAACCUUUACUGCAUCGGACAGCGCAAGUUCAACUCCAUGGAGGAGCUUGUGGAACACUACAAAAAGGCGCCCAUCUUCACCAGCGAGCAGGGUGACAAACUCUACCUGAUCAAGGCCCUGUCCGCCUCCUGAUCCCGCCCCUGUCCCCCACACACACACACACACACACACACACACACACACAAAUACACUAACAUUGGAGCAUCAAGCCUAGAGACUCCACACAUCAUCAGGACUUCUUUACGUCUGAUGGAGCAUUCCAAGAGGAGGACGGGAAAACGAAGGAAGAACUUGGUGGGAGUUUUGGGAGAUGACGAAAAAAAAAAGAGUGCAGACUCCUGAGAGCGGACUAUGGACCUCUUGGCCACUUAUUUAUGAUGUGAUCCAGAUGUUCUCUUCAUGUAUUUCCACCUCCACCAUAGCUCAUUACAAGUCACAUUUAGUUUGUCCAAAAAUAUAUCAUUUUUUUAACACUUUCUUUUUCAAAUGUGACCUUUGCUUUUCUUCUUUUUUACUUUUAACAGAGUCUGAGACGCAGCCCCUCCACCUGGACUUUGCUUUUUUUUUUUUUUUGAGCAAUUCUUUCCUGUGUGUGCGUGUGUGUGAGCUUGUGCGCAUGUGCGUGUGGACAAGCUAAUCCGCAACAUCUGCUAACGGCGAGUACAAAUUAAGCGACCAAAAUAUAUUUAUUGAUUGUGUUACUUGUGGAGCUGGCCUGUCAUGUUCUGCAUGUUGUGGGGGGGUUUUGGUCCCGGUUGUUUUCUCCAGGCUUCGCAACAAAAGUCGCCACAUGAAUGUUACAAAGACAGCCACGCCACAGACGUGACCUCUCACUCUGCACGCAAACAGGCCGUCAUCCAGCGUAGCGUUAUUAGGAGGUCAUGAGAAGAACGUGUGGCGUCGCAAAAGAGGACAUUUUCUCUCGGGGAAGUUGGGGGGGCUGAAAACACUCGUCAUCUCUGCUGAGGGGAAAUUGAGGGCAGUCCAAAAGAUGAUGUCACCGCGCUUGAAUUAGCAUCGUUGCAGGAAAGGUCACUCGGGGGUCGUGGAUGUGAGAGCUUACGUGUCUGUCAGGUUUGUGCAUCCUGAGAUGUUUGAUGAUGAUGAUGAUGAUGAUGAUGAUGAUGAUGAUGAUGAUGAUGGCGGUGGCAAUUUCUCAUGAUUUUUCCAGCCGCAGCACAAGAGAGGAGGAGUCAGAGGGAGGGGGAGUUAAUAGGAAAAGCAGCCCAUCAGUCACGGAGGGAGGAGAAUGGAUUCCCGCGUAGAGCAUCUGGAAUUUUGCUGCUCGUGUUCCUUGGGGCGGGGUAGGGAGUAAGCCUCUGCGCUCCCCGUGUUUCCCAGGUGUGUGUCGAGAUGAGCGAUGACUGGCAAAAGCCGAGUCCGCUCCCCUUUCCCGUGCAGAUUUAUGGCGAUUACGGCUCCGUGCUCACAUUCCAGGAUGAACCAACAGGACAAAAAAGGUCUUCAUCCAACAAACACAUUUCCCUGCUUGUCUGCUUUUUGCAUUUGUUGGCGCAAAACCAUUUGUGUUCCAUCACUUACGUGUUGUUGGAGUUCUCUAUGACGUCAUGUGACUAAAGCAGUGGAGGAUUUGGGAGAUUACGUUUGAAUGUGCCUUCGCAGCUUUCCUGUCAACCAAAGUUGAUUUGUUUUGGCCAUUUGUGUAAAGCGUUGCAUGUGAUGAGCGUUUCCUUUUUUUUUAAACUCCCCAUGCAUAAAAUGGCCAUUAGCAGAUAUUGUGUGUAGUUUCAAGUGUCCUUACAUAGCAAACAGUUCUAAUUUACGUGAAUGCCUACAUGUACACUUUAAAAACAGCCUGACUCAUUCAUGAGCACCUCAAGUAUCAAGAGGAGACGUUUUUUUGUCUUCUGGUGUCUGUAUUUCAUGUCCAACAACCGCGUAGCCACACACACACGUAAAUGUCUUUUACUUGAUAUUCAGAUACAACAAGUGCAAAAAUCUCCCUGCUCUGCAUUUGCAUAUAAGAGCCUAUCUUUUGUGUCUUUGCACCGGCCAAGGCCACAUGAGCACGUCCUCGCAGCUGUACAGAACAAAAUCUGCUUAAAAAAGAAAAAGACAUUGGACGUCUCUUGGGACUAGUAUUCCAAACAAAUGAACCAUGUUAACUUUGGUGCUUUUGUGCUGCUUUCUAUUUCUUUAUUCCCCCCACUGUUUUGUGAGUGAAGAAAACAGGUUCAUGCUGUGGAAUGAUGGAAAGGCCGUGCUGUGAAACUUGUCAUGCUCUUAUGCUGUUUUUAACGGAGGGGAGAUCGUCGUCUGCAGGUGUUACAAUUUAGAAGAGUUUAUUAGUGUUUAAAAGACGUAAUAAACAACAAAAAAGCAUGUGUUUUCACGUGUCAAAUUAUUCUUAUAUUUUACGCCAUUUGGGAACGCAAGAAGAUAAUCCUGUAAGGUGAUUGGACAAAAUGUCCAUCACAUCGAGCGGACCAAUCGAAUCGACGAGAAGGUCAACGAGGCGAGGCUUGGCAUGUAAAAUAGCGACUAGCAUCUCUGUUGAGUUUGUUCGGAGAACGGUUAGAAAUAACACUCUGUCAAGAAAAAAAAACUUGAUGAUUGUAUUUAGAUGUAUUCUAACACAUAUUCUAAUAGAUACAUGUGAAGUUGGGAUAAAACAGUUAGCCGUUGGCAGCCAUCGUCUUCAAACUAUUAACUUUCGCUGAGCUCUGAGUCACGCCCCCAGUUUUCGCAUGCAUCCAAAUUGAGACUGCUGAUUGGUUCAGUUUUCAAGCGCGAGUAUAUUGUAGGCGAGGCUAUAUUUGAAUGAAGCCUGCGUGUCAAAGUAGACAAAUCAGCCACGCCCUCAACUUCCACAUUCAUCGCAUGAGACACUUUUGAUUGGUCCAGCUGUCCAAGCGUAAAUUGUGGGCGCGUCUAUAUUUAAGUGAAGCGUGCCGGUCAAAGAUGACGUUGUCUCUUUUGAAAGCCUGUGGCGGCGUGCAAACAACAUGACGACUCUUCAGCAUCAGAGGGUGAGUCCUAAAUUAUCAAGAAGAGGUGAGUGGAAAGCUUUUAUUGUGGACACGUUUUUAUGGAAAAUGUGCCUUGUUGAUGGUCUCUCUGUUAGUGUCGGACCCUGAGUAAGUGUUUCGGUUUCACCUGAGCCUGUCCUAACAAUUUGGCUUCGGUGUUUGUGCCGAUGUCAGGCAAUCCUUGUGUAACAGUGUCCCCUCGUGGUCGAUAAUUUGGUUACAGUUACUCUUUUAUUGGUGGUGCUAAUGUGUGUGGCCUUUUCCAGAUAUUUCACAUCGAAACACUCUUUGUACAUCUUAAUUAUAUUAAAAUUAUGGUUGAAAUUGAUAUCUUGUAUAUUUUGUACUAGUAUUCCCUAUGGAACAAUUUGUAUUUAUUUAUUUAAAAAAAACCAGAGAAAAGCACAAUGAUGGAAACACAACGCUGUCAUAGCACUGUUUGAUUUAUUACCGCCCAGAACAGUGCUAAUCUGUAGGAGCCUUGUUUAGAACAUUUGGAUAAAAAUAAUAAAUAAAAUAAUCAAUUAAAGUAACAAUUAAUGUAGUUACAGUAUAUUUUAAAGCUUUGUGCACAUACAAUGAUCAAUUUAAGUGCCCUCUCUUGUGAUUAUAAUCCAGAUGUGUUGUUAAAUGCAAAUACAAAUUUAUAAACUCAUUUUUUUCUGGAUUACGUUACUAUAAACAAAAUGUUAUGUUCACAUGUUUGUAACAAAA